CAGCUUUAUUGUUUAUAACAUUAUUAUAUUGUAUUCAUUUAUAUGAGGAGAAACUGGUGUCACGUGACUCCUCCAUUCAUCCUCUCCAUCAUCAUCAUCAUCAGUCCAGCAGCUCCUCCAUCUGAUGGUGCAUCAGUUCUUCAGAAGUUUUGGUGUUUUGUUGGAAAACAGAAGUUGAGGAGAUCAGACUCGGUGUUACGCGUGAUGCCUCCUCCGUCAGACGUGGUGAAGGUGGCGGUGGAAUGGCCUGGAGCGAAUGCUCAGCUAAUAGAGAUCGAUCAGAAGAAGCCGCUCUCCUCCAUUAUAAGAGAAGUGUGUGAUGGGUGGUCCCUGUCGGGGUCAGAGCAGUUCGCCUUACGUUAUGCUGAUGGAGCGCAGCUUUACAUCACUGAGCAGAGCCGAGCGGAGAUCAAGAACGGAACCAUCCUGAGAUUAGCCAUCGCUCCGACCCGAGCCGCCCGUCAGCUGCUGGAUCGGAUUCAGUCUCUCAGCAUCGACGCUCGAUUAGAGGCGCUGAAGGAACUGGCUAAGCUCUCCGCCGACCCCACCUUCGCUAACGAGUUCAUCAGCAUGGAGGGAAUGAACACGCUGGCACGGCUGGUGGAGAGUGGCACACAUUUUGGUGAGAUGUUGGCGUUCACACUCACAGCGUUUCUGGAGCUGAUGGAUCAUGGAGUCGUAUCAUGGGAUCUGAUCUCAUUGUCCUUCAUCAAACAGAUCGUGGGGUACGUGACCCAGCCCCUGGUGGACGUGUCCAUCCUGCAGCGCUCCCUGGCCGUGUUGGAGAGCAUGGUCCUGAACAGUUCCACCCUGUACCACCGUGUAGCUCAGGAGAUCAGCGUCACACACCUCAUCACACACCUGCAAGUGUCCAAUCAGGAGAUCCAGACGUACGCCAUCGCUCUCAUCAACGCCCUGUUCCUCAAAGCACCUGAAGAUCGACGCCAGGAAAUGGCCAGUACACUGGUGCAGAAACACCUCCGUUCCAUCAUCCUGAAUCAUAUCAUUCGAGGUAAUCGACCAAUCAAAGCUGAGAUGGCUCAUCAGCUGUACGUGCUGCAGGUUCUCACCUUCAACCUGUUAGAGGAGCGAAUGAUGACCAAAAUGGAUCCCAAUGAUCAGGCUCAGAGAGACGCUGUGUGUGAGCUGCGCAGGAUCGCCUUCGAUGGAGAAAAUGAACCAACAGGAACUGAGAAACGAAAAGCCAAAGAUUAUAAACUACUGGGAUUUACUAACCCAGUGAACCCGGCGCUGGAUUUCUCUCAGACUCCUCCAGGUUUACUGGCUCUGGAUAACAUGCUCUAUCUGGCUAAAGUUCACCAGGAUUCCUACCUACGGAUCGUUCUAGAGAACAGUGGGCGAGAGGAUAAACACGAGUGUCCGUUCGGUCGGUGUGUGAUAGAGCUGACCCGAAUCUUAUGUGAGAUCCUGCAGGUCGGAGAGUUACCGAAUGAGGGCUGUAAUGAUUAUCACCCGAUGUUCUUCACUCAUGAGCGAGCGUGGGAGGAAUUCUUCUGCAUCUGCAUCCAGCUGCUCAACAAAACCUGGAAGGAGAUGAGAGCCACGCCCGAGGACUUCAACAAGGUGUUGCAGGUGGUGCGUGAGCAGAUUGUUCGGGUUCUGGCCAUGAAGCCUCUGACUCUGGAUCAGCUGAAGAUGAAACUUUACAGUCUGAGUUACUCCGAGAUUCUUCGCCUCCGACAUUCAGAGAGACUCAAUCAGGACGAUUUCCACUCUCCUCCCGUCAUUGAGCUGCGUGAGAGGAUCCAGCCUGAGAUUUUGGAGUUGAUUAAACAGCAGCGACUGAACCGACUGUGUGAGGGGAGCUGCUUCAGAAAACUCGGCAACCGACGCAGACAAGAGAAGUUCUGGUUCUGCCGUUUGUCUCUGAACCACAAGGUUCUGCACUAUGGUGAUCUGGACGAGUCUCCGCAGGGGGACGUACCUCUGGAGCUGCUCACUGAUAAACUCCCGGUGUGUGAUAUUAAAUCAGUGCUGACGGGGAAGGACUGUCCUCACAUGAAGGAGAAAAGUGCACUCAAACAGAACAAGGACGUACUGGAUUUAGCUUUCUCAAUCCUGUAUGAUCCAGACGAAGUUCUCAACUUUGUGGCUCCCAGUAAAUACGAGUACUGCGUGUGGAUGGAUGGACUCAGUGUGUUGAUGGGGAAGGAGAUGUGCAGUGAUUUGACCCGCAGUGACCUCGACACGCUCAUUAGCAUGGAGAUGAAGCUCCGCCUCCUGGACCUGGAGAACAUUAGCAUACCCGAAGCUCCGCCCCCGAUCCCCAAGGAACCCAGCAGCUACAACUUCACCUACAAUUACGGAUGAGUGUGUGUGUGUGUGUGUGUGUGUGUGUGUGUGUGUGUGUGUGUGUGUGUGUGUGUGUGUGUGUGUACUGAAUGUGAAGUUUGGACGUGUGGCGUUUCUCAGCGUGUCGAUGCUAAAUUUAAUAUUGAUGUCAAAUCGUGAUGGGACGGAACAGUCAGCCAUCACACAUCAUCAAUCAUGCAGUGGUGAUGUAUACAACGACUGACUGUUGCUCUGUACACUUGGAAAGGGACCCACAGGACUCUCGCUGAUCAGAUGUGUUGUGGUAUGAGUGUAGCAGGUGCAGCAGUGUUGUUGGGUUUUUAAAACAACUCAGUGUAAUAAUAACUGGUCAGUGUGAGAAUCAAUUA